UUAGGCAGCAGCAGGUCGGCUGAAUUCAGAGGACAGCUAUUACUGCCUGUGAUGAGUGGCUGAAUUUCUCAGAGCACAGGAGGAGAGAUGUUGUGGUGGAGGGGCUGGGAAGGACUCUGAGGAGGGAGAAGGAUGAAGAGGAGGGGUAAGAGGAGAUGAGGAUGCAUUGCUUGUGCACAACUGUAUGCAGCCGGGAGUGCAGCAGCGCCUGCGGAAGGCGAGAAAAAGAACCUGCUUGGGAUGGAGGAGAGCGAUGCAGCACAUUUGCUGUUGUCAGGACUACCUCCACCUUUCAUCUACCAUCACACUGGAUUCUGUGUUAAGGAGAAAGAGUCAGAGCAGUUCUGGGAUGCCAAAGAGACCAGCUGCGUGACUUCAACUUUGAUAUGAUGCUAAGAGCAGGAGGGGCAGCCACUUCCCAUGUAGUGCUGCUGAUGCUGCUUCCAUCGCUGUGCUGGUACCACCUGUGCCACUCUCUUCGGGUUCCAAAUAUCUCCUCCUAUGCAAAGGCAGAGGACAAACUGUUUAAAUAUCUCUUCAGAAACUACCAGAAAUGGGUCCGUCCAGUGGAGUACCUAAACCAGACCAUACGUGUGAAGUUUGGGUUGGCUAUCUCCCAGCUGGUUGAUGUGGAUGAAAAAAACCAGUUAAUGACAACUAAUGUUUGGAUGAAACAGGAAUGGGUUGAUAUGAAACUAAGAUGGAGCCCGGAGGACUUUCUGGGCAUCACAACCAUCCGCGUUCCUUCAGACCGUAUCUGGCUUCCUGAUGUUGUGCUUUAUGACAAUUCAGAUGGACGUUUUGAGGGGACUGUCACUAAGGCUGUUGUUAAGUAUGAUGGAACCAUUUCAUGGAAUCCACCAGCCAAUUACAAGUCAGCCUGCACCAUUGAUGUCACCUUCUUCCCUUUUGACCUCCAGAACUGUUCAAUGAAGUUUGGUUCUUGGACCUAUGAUGGCUCACAAGUGGACAUUCUUCUGGAAGACUUAAAUGUGGACAAGCAGGAUUAUUUUGACAAUGGAGAAUGGGAGAUAGUGAAAGCAACAGGCAGCCGUGGUCUGAGAACCGAUGGCAGCAGUUCCUAUCCCACCAUCACCUACUUCUUUAUUAUCCACAGGCUGCCUCUUUUCUACACCCUCUUUCUCAUCAUCCCUUGCAUUGGCCUGUCCUUUCUCACCAUUCUGGUCUUCUAUUUGCCCUCAAAUGGAGGCGAAAAGAUCUCUCUCUGCACCUCAGUGCUGGUGUCACUUACAGUCUUCCUCUUGGUCAUUGAAGAGAUCAUCCCUUCCUCUUCUAAGGCAAUCCCUCUUAUUGGGGAAUACUUGGUCUUUACCAUGAUCUUUGUCACACUCUCAAUUGUCAUCACUGUCUUUGCCAUCAACAUCCACCACCGCUCUUCUUCUACACAUCAUGGCAUGGCUCCAUGGGUGAGAAGGAUUUUCCUGCAUCGGCUGCCUAAGCUGCUAUGCAUGCGCAGCCAUGUGGACCGUUACGCUGCAGCCAGAGUGCCUGAAAUGGGAAGAAAUGUAGGACUGGGAAAGAUGAAGAACCCAAACCCUGCGCUCAGCCCUCUUCUAUACACCCAGCACCACCUCCAAGCAGCUUUGGAGUCUAUUCGCUACAUCACCAUGCAUGUGGUUAAAGAAAACCAGGUCAGAGAGGUGGUGCGAGACUGGAAGUUUGCUGCCCAGGUCCUGGAUCGAAUGUUUCUGUGGGCCUUCCUCCUGGUGUCAGUUCUAGGCUCUGCUCUCCUUUUCAUCCCAGUCAUUCACAAAUGGGCCAGCAUCAUCGUCCCUACUCAUCUUGGCAGUACUCUCUAGGAACAUCCAGUUUAUUUAUUGGGCCAUGAAAUAAAAGCACAUUAACUGCUCUUCAAGACCACCUUUGACAUUUAAAUGACUGAAAAGACCAUUCAACAUCAGUCCUUUGCAGUCAGUUUUCGUGAUGAUAUUGUGCAAGAAAUAAUGCUACGAUGAUAGCUGAUUGGAGAAACAUAAAUGUCCAUUUUAUAGCAUUUUUCUAAGCUUGUUUCCAAUGUGCAGCUGGACAGGAAAAGCAACAAAAGAAAACAUCAAUACAAAUAUUUAUGUAGUUUAAACCAUGACAUCUGCUACAGUAAAUGAAACCAAGAAGUGCAAAAGGAUUUCCAAUUCUGUAUUUCUUUGAUUUAUAGCUCGUCAUCUACAUUAUAGCAUUCUGUAGUAAGUAGAAAUACAUAAACUGUGGUUCCAGUGCAGAACAAGCUAAUCCAGGCAGAUCAUAUCCUUUUAGUAAAAGGAUGUUAUUAAUAUGCCGCUCUUUUUGUUUUCAUUUUGGUGUUUUUUGCAUUUUUUUAAUGCGUAGUGUGACUGUGUUUCCCUGCGAUGGACUGGCGACCUGUCCAGGGUGUACACCGCCUCCUGCCCAUAGACUACUGGAGAUAGGCACCAGCUUCCCCGCGACCCACUAUGGAAGAAGUAGUAGAAAAUGACUGAUGACUGCCUGAGGUCUACAGAAUAAUUUGGGUCAGGAUGCUCAUUGUAAUUGUAGAGCUAAAUUUCACCAUUAAACCUCUCUUAUUCUU